CCAUGGGAGUGGCCCUAGAAAAGGCAAAAAGACCAAAAAUAAAUAAAUAAAUAAAUUCAGGUUAGACAUUUUGGGCAGAAAUAAGCACAGAGGUUCUUUCUGUGUUGUGUUCUUAAUAUAUCUUUGCAGGAGGCGUGUGGUGCCACUUUGUCCUCUUACAGAUGAGCCUUGAUCCUUUGGUUAAGGAGGAGAACGCUGUGUUUCUCCACUGCGCCGUUAGGGCUUUCCCCUUGCAAUUCACAAAGUACUUUUUUUGUGGAGGUACUUUGAGACUAUAUCAAUAUCCUGGGUUCGGUUUGGUUUUGUUUUGUUUGGCCGCCCCGUGGCAUAUGGAGUUCGUGGGCCAGGGGUCAGAUCUGAGCUGCAGUUGCAACCUACACCACAGCCUCAGUGACGUCAGCUCCUUAACCCACUGUGCUGGGCCAGGGAUAGAAUCUGCAUCCUGGUGCUGUGGAGAUGCUGCUGAUGAAGUUGCAUCACAGUGGGAACUCCAUAUCAGUAUUCUGUUCUCUCAUCUGAUUCCCACCACUAGUUUAGUGUCCGUUGAUCUUUCGUGCCUUCUGGUGUUAUGGUGACUACCCAGUGGCGACUCUCUAAUUCCACUGUUCCUUCUACACUUAUUAGUUGGCAAAAUCUACCGUAAAGAACUUUCCCUUCACCACCAUUUAUUCGGUCAUUGGACUUAUGGACUCUUAUUUCAGUCAGUGGGUUUUUAUUCAUAGCCAUACUUUAUGUUGAUAGUACAUCUCAGAUUUGGACAGUGAGAGCCCCUCCAAGCUGGCUGCUGUGUCCUUUUGGCAAAUCCCUAUCAUUAUUUGAGCAGUAUUUUACUUUCUGGAAUAAGAUGUCUCAGAUCCAUACUUCCUUGUCCCAGUCCUGAGAUCAGCAAUUUCUUUAAGGAGCCUUGUUUCCUUUUAAGAAAGAAUGGUAUUUGGUACAAUUACCAAAGUAAAGACACUAGGUGCAGUCAUCACUAGGUGGGCAUUAUGGUUUAAAGGCUUUCUCAACACAAAGAAAGUACAUGUAAAUGUGUAUUUGUAUAUAUACACACAUGUAUAUCUAAUCAUCUAGUAAAGACCAUGACUUUGGAGUUCCUGCUGUGGCGCAACGGGAUUGGCAGUGUCUCUGCAGCGCCGGGACAUAGAUCCACCUCUGACUCGGCGCAGGGGGUUAAAGGAUCUGGCAUUGCGGCGUUAUAAGUUGCAACUGCAGCUCAGAUCCAACCCCUGGCCCGGGCAGCCAAAAAAGAAAAGAAAAAAAGAAAGAUCAUGAGUUCAAACUAGAAUUCCAGUUCAGUGUUCAAUCCAGCGUCCACCCUAUGCCUCUUUGAAACUGUUCUCUGAUAGCGAGAGACCUAUUUCCCCUUUUCUUUGAUAACAUUGCUCCUUUCUCCCGGACAUAACCAGUUUCUGACCCAGCCACCCUCAUGCCCCCCUCAGCCCCGCCAGCCCUGGCUGCCUCUAUGGGAGGCGGGGGGAAAGGGAAGAGGAUUCUAACACUCAGGUUUUCGAUAUCCCUUCCUCACACCCACGCCAACCAUCACCUCCCAAGCUCCUCUCCCUCUGUUUCCCUGUUCACAGCUCAGAGAUUUCUUACAGUCAUCAAUUUAACAAGCAUUUAUUGAGCCUGGGCCGGGAACUGUGAAUGCAGAUUAAGUCAGUGCCUUCACGAUCACCAGCCCUUGUGGAAUAAACAGAAGCCCGCUGACCAUUAGAGGCACCGAAUCAAGUGCGGAGCGGAGCCCAAAGAGAGAGACCCACCAGCGCCUGGGCUGUGCUUUUGGACUGUUUCCCAGAAGAGGUAACACUGAGGCUAAAGCGCAGAACAAACUUGGGGUGGAGGUAGGAGAGGGAAAGAGGAUCCGGCAGGAAGAGACCAAGGCACCGGCGCAGUGAUGCCAGUACUUUGCUCAUAUGAGAAAUAAGGCUGCAGAGAGAAACAGGCACAUCUGGGCUUUUAGCAUCUGGGGAGCCUUUAGCUUAUGUAGAUGGGAGCUGUGGGUAUAGAUGAAAAAAAGGAGCUUUAUGGAGAAGAGAGUUAAGGACAAAAUCCUGACAAGCCUCAGCAUUUAAGAGGCAGGUUGAAGGCGCGGCGGGCUUGGCAAGAGGGGUAGGAGCAAAGCAGAGAGACCAGCUAAGCUAUCAGCAAAGCUAAGGAGGUGUCGUCGCCAGGGUCACGUAAGGCGAAGGUUGAAAACUUCUCAUUGGAUCUGGUCAUUAGGCGGUCCCCUAGAGACUUCUGUUAGUGUGCUUUUUGGUGAGGUGGAAGGGACAAAAGUCAGACUGCAGUGGCUUGAAUAAACGGGGGGGGGGGGUGUUUAGGAAAUGGAUGCAAAUAGGACAGUCUGUGCCGGAUCUUCUCACUUCCUCCUUGCCCUCUUUCCCACCUCGUGCUCCGUUCGAAUUGUGCCUGUUUUCUCCUCUGUCUCCCCAGCGCUGUAUCUAAAAUGUAAUAGUCACUCAAUAAAAUGUUAUCGAACCACAGCCCCACACUAACCCACAGAGGGAGCUGCAAGAAAAUCACUGCCACCUGUAGAGGGCGCUGCAAGAAAGUCGCAGGGGGAGAGGGUUAGCCUAUAGAAAGACGGAGAAGGAACCCCGGGGCGGUGUUAAGCACACGCUCUGACCUCUAGGAGGAGCAUCAAGCUUCUGUCUUCCAGGCAUUCCUGGGGAAAACGUGCCUGAGGAAUCUUCGUCCAGGACUGCUCCCUCUAGAAACCUCCACCAGACAGCCUCCUGCGUCCUGAGCGUCAGCGCCUGACCUGCUGCAGAGAUGAGAGCUUCCGAGUGGAUGCGGGGGCUGGUGGUCCUCGCCUCUCUGUUUUCGGCCUGUUCCGGACAGAACCCAAUGACCGUGCUGUGCUCCAUAGACUGGCUCAUGGUCACGGUUCACCCCUUCCUGCUGAACAAUGACGUGUAUGUGCACUUUCACGAGUUGCACUUGGGCCUGGGUUGCCCUCCCAACCACAUCCAGCCCCACGCCUACCGGUUCACCUACCGCGUGACGGAAUGUGGCAUCCGGGCCAAGGCCGUCUCGCAGGACAUGGUUCUCUACAGCACCGAGAUGUACUACGCGUCCAAGGGCACCUCGUCCAAGUACGUGAUCCCGGUGUCCUGCACCGCCCCGCAGCGCUCCCCGUGGCUCACCAGGCCCUGCUCCAGGAAAGCGGCCGGCGAGGGAGCGCCCGCGGCCGCGGCGGGGGAGCCCUGCUACGACGUGUUCACCUUGUCUCAGGCCGGCCGAAGGCCCACCUGCCACUGUCCGCCCUAUGUCUUCAGCGCAGGCGGGCGUACUUAGCCCUGCGGGCCCAGGCGGGGGCUCGGGAGGGCCACCUGUGCAGUAGUCUUCCUUCCUUUAUACUUCUGACGAUGAAUCUCUUCUCUCGGGUGAUCUGGCUGAGUCCAGGGAUCCCCGGGCUUGGGGGGCUCCUGUACUUGCCCUUUCUGAAAUUGGUAUAUACUAGGGACUAAUCCGUGCUCUUGUGGCCCUCUUAUGGGUAGCCUGUGCUAAUCUCAUGAAUAAAGCUUUUGGAUAUUUUGUGUAUCUUUCCUAAGAGAGAAAAUAAAUUUCUGAUGGCAUGAAAAUACCCGCUGGGCAUUUUCAUUUCAUAAACACAUGCAGGGCUGUGACUACGGGCCAGGUGUCAUUCGAAGUGCCUUACACGUAUUACCGCCUGGUCCCUUCUCUCUGGGAUGACCUCUCUCUCCCUUAAGGUCCCCGGGCCCAAUCCCGCUCUCUGCCUACUCCCGUCCCUUAGACG